AUGUACUGUCUAUGUCAGUCGAGGAACUCGCUGACAGUGUGUGCGUUCUAUUCUGCAGAGGGAAUCCCAACCUUGCGGAGCUGAACAAGUGUCGACCCAUGAUCGUGAAGCAGAGUCGGAUCCAAAAGAUGCUCAGGUGGUUGAUCAACGAAAGCAAGAACACGAAAAGGUACGAGGCAACAACAGAAGCAGAGAAGCAUAUCAACCGUAUUCUGGCGGAAUUGCAAAGUGUCCCAGACAAAAUUCACGGCACAACUGCGCAGAUACUCGACAUGAGGAAUGGGAUCCGCGGAUAUGUUAACGCGUUCGGUAUGUACACCCUCUUCGUCACCGUCAACCUGGCAGAUUUACACUCACCGUUGAUGACGAGGUAUCUCACAGCCUUGCCAGGCGCAUCAAGGACCAAGUUUCUCGACCAAGCAGAUGCCGUUUGGGCCAACGACAAAAAGUCACCUAAUCGUGGGUUGCAACGCUCUUCCCACUGUGAAAGAUCUGUGGGGGACUACUGACACUCCGUGCCAUUUGAUCACCAAUGUCUCUCAGCGGCGGACAGGUGGACACAUUCACCACACCUAG